GUCGUGUACGACGAUCGUCACGCGCGGUCACGUCGACUUUGCAGAGGAAAAAGAAAAAGAAAGAAGAAGAAAAUAGGAGGAUCGGCAGAGUCCAACGAUCCCGACGUCGAGCUCUCGUCGCGGCGCCGCCGAACCGCGCGCGACUCUACGGACGACAGCAAUUCCUCGCCGUCCUUUCAUUCGCUUUCUCCUCUUUAUAGACUUUUUCAAAAUGGCAGCGGCUACAGACGAGCUGAUUUUGUUGGAGCGAGUGUUCCUUCGCCUGGGCUCCGCUGAGACCGAUGAGCAGUUACAGGCGUCAGUCUGUAAAUUCUUACCUCCUGUACUGCUCAAAUUGUCCAGUGCACAGGAAGGUGUCAGAAAGAAAGUGAUGGAGCUGCUGAUUCAUAUAAACAAGAGAAUAAAGAGCAGGCCUCAAGUACAGCUACCAGUUGAAGCUUUACUCUUGCAGUAUCAAGAUCCAGCUGCCAGUUCAUUUGUGAUUAAUUUCACUAUAAUAUACAUAAAGUUGGGAUAUCCUCGAAUGGAGAUAAACAAGCAAGCGGAAUUGGUUCCAAGUGUACUAAAUGCUAUUGAGGGAAAACCAUUGUCUCAUCAAGACAGCUUAAUGUUGAUCAUAAUGCCAGCAUUAGGACAUAUCAAUAUUCCAACAGAUCCUGAUAAGCGGGCGUCUCUCUUAGGUUUACAAGACAAGCCUUACGUGGCAAAGCAGCUCGUAAAUUUUAUGCUUGACGUACUAUUGUUGCCAUAUGGAUCUGUGGGACAAACGGAAAAUCAGCAAUCAGGUCAGACCAUCGAUUGGUCUCAGUUUACUGUACCACCAGGGUUAAGCGAGUACGCGUUCAAAAGAGUGAUAGGCGAGAGUCCGCCUACGGCCGAGCAACUCGAGCAGAUAAAAUUGGGCAUUGUUAAGUUCCUCACCGGCGGAUUUUUCCCCGAUACUGAGAUUCUGAUACACUUGAUUGUAGCGGCCGCGGAUACCAGAUUCAGCAUUGCUAAUAUGUCAGAUUUAGAAUUGAAAAAAAUGGUCGGCACAUUGGAUUGGUCCUCGAUGCAACUGGCAGCUCCGCUCUACACGUUGUUCCUGGGUACUGAUGCAAUAGCCACACAAAAAGAAGUAAAACCUGAAAUGAAACGACAACCCGCAAGCACUCGAAUUCGACUUAAACUUUUGCAGUAUCUUUGUCGGGUGACUAAAGCGGGAUUCAUCAUACCGCCGUGUAUUCAGGUUAUUUUCGAUUCACUAUAUGGAAAAAACACGAAUGCAAAGUUAAAAUCGUUGACCUUGCAGUUUACAUCAAAUAUCGUCCAGCACUGCAGUCUUGUACCAUUAACCCGCGUUGCGGGAGUAAUUUUGAAUGGCAUGAUAAAAUUGAUCUCCGAAGGCGACGACGUGCACAAACCGAUGGCAUACACAGUCAUUGGACAGCUUGGUCAAAGAAUACCAUCUCUGAUAAAUAAAGAUUUGAGUUUGUUGCACAGCUUAUUUGACACGCUUGUGUCUACAGAUGGUGAGUUACGACGCACGGUAAGAGAUGCAUUAAUCUGCGUGACGUCUGCAUUCGUACUGAAUAAAGAGGAUGAGAACAAUAUAGCAUUGAUGAAUGCGCUAUUGUCAGUACACAUUGAAUCACCAGAAUCAAGCGUAAGAUUUGUGGCAAUGCAUUAUGCUGCAACUGUGUUUCCUCCCGAUGAUGCUCCAUCUCGGUAUCUCUUAUUAUUAGCAUGUGGUGACAACAAACAUGAGAUAAGUACAGAAGCUAUGAAAGCGCUUUAUGGCGUUGUACAUAAAAAUGAGGAAGAUCAACAAAUUAGCAACAAGAUAUUGUUGCCCGAGUUUGUGAAGCUAGUAACUUACAUUUAUUCGAAGAUGCAAUCGCGAAUGCCCGCUGCAAGUAGCGGCAGAAACGUGGAUAAGCAAGUACUCCCAUAUAGUGCUGCGACGUUUUCCGAAAUUAUUUCUUAUUGUCGUAUUUGCCUCGCCAGAAGUGCUAAUAUUCCGGCGCGAAAUGAGCCGCUACAGCAUCCGUGCGAAUAUACUCCUUUAAUUGGGCGUUACUUGGAGAAAUUAUAUAAAGAUCAACCAGAAAUAUUAAAUAAUUAUGUCGAUAUGAUUUUACUAUUGAGUCAUUCUUCUGCAGAUCAAAUUUCUUUGAAUGCAUUAUUAGAAGUAAUUGGGUCCGUUCCGCAUUAUAUAAUAAAAUCGUACGAAAAGGAGCUCCCGUGGCUCUGUUCCUUGCUUGGUUCCGCUAAACAAGACGUACGACAAUUAGCCGCGAAAAUAUACGCCGCUAUUACUGGCUACUUUCCGAAGAAUGAAUUCGAGAAACAUGUUUCGAAUAUUAUGAACAUUAUGAAUAGGAAAAAUUUAGAAGCGCAGCACGGCGCAUUAAUGACCCUGACUUAUAUGAUGGAGAGAAAUUUAAUACAACAACGAAACGAAAAUAAGGAGGAUUUGUGCAAUUGGAUGACUUAUAAUGAUAUUGUGAAAGCAAUAUGUACAUAUCUUUGUGAUAGCGCAAUAUUAUUAAAGGACGCGGCUAUUCAAGCUGUUGGCAUCUUAGGUAGAACGUAUUCUCUACCUUUGCCGGUAGAAGGUGAUAAUGAAUUGAACAAAAAAGCAAUAGUAGAAACGCUUUUUUCCGUCUUAUCCAAUGCCAAAUUGAAUACUAAGAUGAAAGAGAAAGCUGCGCUUUCAUUGGGACACUUAUGUGUUGGCGAGUGUUUUCCUCACGUCGCGAACAUUGCUAACAAAAUUAUAGCAACGGUCAAAGAGACGAAAGAUAUCGAAAUCCAUUUAAUUCUGGGGGAAGCCUUGGUUUGCUGUGUUCAAGGACAAGCCUCUCCGGAAGCGAGAGAUGCUUGGACGACUUUACCCGCCGAAUAUAUUGUUCCGUACAGUAAGGAGAGCGACGAGUUAUUAAUACAUGUAUUAAAUGAAUUAUUUAAUAUAUACAAAGUGCCUCAUCCAAACUUACGACAGGCAGUAUGUGUGUGGCUAUUUGCACUUUUAAAACACAACGUUCAACGAGAAUGCAUAAAGGAAAAAUUGUCCCUGAUUCAUCAUGCAUUUAUAGAUUUUCUUUCAGAUGACAGUGAUAUUGUACAAGAUAUCGCUUCAAAAGGUCUUAGUUUGGUGCAUAUUAACAGCAAACAAGAAGAACGUGAGGCUUUAGUGUCUAAAAUAUUGGAUCAGUUUACGCAGGGUCGCAGGACAGUGCAACAAGUUACCGCCGAUACCAAAUUAUUUGAAGAAGGUCAACUGGGAAAAACUCCAUCAGGUGGUAGUUUAUCAACAUAUCGAGAAAUCUGUUCUCUCGCGACAGAAUUGCAAAAGCCCGAGCUCGUGUAUUAUUUUAUGCAUUUGGCGAACCAUAAUGCGAUAUGGACAUCCAAAAAAGGAGCUGCGUUCGGUUUUGCAGCAAUCGCUAAUAUCGCAAGGGACGAACUGAAUAAAUAUUUGCCUAACAUUGUACCGCGAUUGUACAGAUAUCAAUUCGACCCGACGCCGAAGAUCCAGCAGAGUAUGACCAGCAUUUGGCGAGCCAUCGUUCCUUCCACGACGAAAGCCAUUGAACAGUAUCAUAAAGAAAUAUUGACUGAUGUAACUGAUAAUCUAACGAAUAACGAGUGGAGAGUACGUAUCAGUUGUUGUAAUGCUCUCGCAGAUCUUUUAAGGACAAAUGUUCAAUUCGACUUCGCCGAAUGUGGCCCGGAACUCUGGAAGAAACUGUUUCGCGUAAUGGACGAUAUUCACGAGGGCACGCGGUUAGCCGCGACGAAUACCACUAAGAUACUUAGUAAGGUUUGUAUACGUCAUUGCGAUUCGUCGCACGGUAACGCGGGGAAAGAAGUUAUUCAAGCGAUAUUGCCUGUACUACUCGAGACUGGCAUUACCCAUGUCGUGGAUACAGUGAGAGCUAUAUCGUUGCUAACAGUGUCCCAACUUGUGUCCACGGCCGGCGUUCUAUUAAAGCCGUCGCUCGUCAAUCUGAUACCGUCAUUAUUGGAAACGAUCGGUGAAUCCGAAAAUCCUAAGCUCUCGUAUUUGAGUACUGUGUGUGGCGCGACUACGGAAACUCAGGAAGCUGUUGAUAAUCUUAGAGCGAAUGCUGCCAAAGGUCACUACGCAUCGGAUACGAUAACGAAGUGCAUCCAAUAUGUCGAUGCGGAUGUAUUAAAGGAUUUAAUGCCAAAAGUGAUAGAUUUAAUCAAGUUCAGCAUAGGAUUUGGAACAAAAAUUGCCUGUUCACAUUUCGUGAUUCUUCUCAGCACGCAUCUGAAAACAGAGUUGCAGCCUUACAGUGCUAAGGUAUUAUCUGCCUUGCUCAAUGGCUUACUGGAUCGUAACGUUGCCGUAAGAAAAAAUAAUGCAGUUAGCAUUGGACACAUUGUGGGCUCCGCUAAAGAUUCUAGUCUGGAUAAAUUAUUUAAUACCUUGAACACGUGGUAUUUAGAACGCGAAGAUGAUGCAAUAAGAUUAGCGAUCGGACAAACUUUACAGUCUAUAAAUAAUUAUAAUCAGGAAAAAUUAAAAAAUUAUCAAAAAAUAGUCAUUCCUCUUGCUUUCUUUGCGAUGCACGCGGAAAAGGUACCAGGAAACGAAAGCACCGUUGAAUUAUGGACUGAUUUUUGGAAUGAAAUAACACCCGGGACUGAAGCAGGAAUUGUACAAAAUCUGCGAGCAAUAACCGAUAUUUUACACACGGCUUUGGAGUCGGCAUCGUGGACUACAAAAGUGCAAGCAGCAAACGCGGUUCAUACCGUUGCCUUAAAGUCAGGUCAUAAUAUUGAUGCAGAAGCAAGGAAUACUUUACUAAAAAUAUUGACCAAUGGUCUGCGUGGUAGAACGUGGAACGGAAAGGAACGUCUACUAAAUGCUCUCGCUGUAUUAGCAUGUAAUAGCAAAGAAGCCUUAAACGCAGACACUGCGUUGUUAGAUACAGUUGUGGUAACACUACAUAGGGAAAGUAAGAAGGAGAAUGCGGAGUAUCGUCGAUAUGCAUUACAAGCGUUUGCAAUGGUCUUGCACGAACUUGAUAUUGAUAGGUUUACAGAAAUAUAUGAAAUUGUACAGGAAAUAUUGAUUAAGGUAUCUGAUAAAAAUAACGAUAAUGAGGAGGACACGGUAGAAGAAAAUAGGAAGAAAAAGGAAAAUAAUGUGAAGUUGCAAGAAACAGUUUAUGAGGUGCUUGGGAAAGCAUGGCCUUCCACCAAAGAGACUCAAGAUAAAUAUUGCAUAGAAUUUGUGACUCAUUGUCAGAAGGUACUGCCAAAUAGUACGAGGUCUGUCCAGGUCGCUAUCUUAACUGCAUUAAAUCUCUUUGUGGAUAGACUUGUCUUAUUAAAGAUAAACAAAAUGGAAAUGCCAUUAAAAGACAAAAAACUAUUAGAUCAAAUAGGCGAUAAUCUCAAUAAAAUAUUAUCAUAUUGUAUAAAUAUUUCGAAGUUCACCAAAAUUAGAAAAGAAGCAUUAAACAUAGUUCUUUCGUUAGCAAGAAAAAUGCGCGAGACGAAUAAUGAUGAACAGCUUGAGAAAAUGACACGCCUUUUGAAAGAACUCUUGCCCGAUCUAGCGAAGGAUAACCAACCAGAAAUACGAACCAGAGUAAUUGAUAUUAAAGAAAUGCUUAAAAUUUAACUAGCACGUACUGUAUUAAGUCUGCAUAUGGUAUCGGGUACCCGAAACAAAUUCAUUCUUCGCACAUGUCGAAGUUAUACUGCAUACCGUCGUUGAUGUUGGUGAUCUCGGAAUGAUAACAAAAGAUUGAUAAUUAUGAUUGCGUGUUUAUUUAAUAUGUUAAAUGUAGAUGUGCCUAAUAUAGUAUUAUACUCCGUAAUAAAAUGUAAUUUAAAACAAA